UUGGCCUCCGUUUCAAUGAAGAGUUCAGCAUUGAUCAAAGGACAAGAGCGGCGAUGAUGUAGCGAGCAUCGAGCAGGCAUUAGUUCUUGCUUCAAUUUGAGGGUAAUCCAAAAGAAUGAAUGUACUUUGAAUCAAGAGAGACAAGAGAGAUGCAAAAAUAUCGAAUCCUCGGAAAGAAAGGAGAGGGAACAUUCUCAGAAGUUCUAAAGUGCCAAAAUGUAGACGACCGGCAGUACUAUGCCUGUAAAAGAAUGAAGCAGCACUUUGACACGAUAGACAGUGUCAACAACCUAAGGGAAAUUCAAGCAAUGCGAAGGCUGAGUCCACAUGCAAACCUUGUUGACUUAAAAGAAGUGAUAUUUGACAGAAAAACUGGAACAGUGGCUUUGAUUUGUGAACUACUUGAUAUGAACCUAUAUGAACUUAUAAGAGGGAGAAAGCAUUCUUUACCUGAACAGAAAUGCAGAAAUUACAUUUACCAAACUUUAAGAGGUCUCGACCAUAUGCACAGGAAUGGAAUUUUUCACAGAGAUAUAAAGCCAGAAAAUAUUCUCAUAAAGGGCGAACAUGUAAAAUUGGCAGACUUGGGAUCGUGUCGUAGUGUCUAUUCGAAGCAGCCUUACACGGAGUACAUUUCAACGAGAUGGUACAGAGCACCAGAAUGCCUCCUCACUGAUGGUUACUAUACAUACAAAAUGGAUAUCUGGGGAAUUGGAUGUGUUUUUUAUGAAAUUAUGUCCCUUCGACCAUUGUUCCCUGGUGCGAACGAGGUAGAUCAGAUAGCUAAAAUACACGAUAUUCUUGGCACGCCGUCACAAGCUCUUCUUCACCGACUGAAAAAAUCUCGUCACAUGAACUUCAAUUUCCCAUACAAAGAUAGAAUGGGGCUAUCACAUCUACUGUCAAACGGUUCUCGAGAAUGCAUUAAUAUUAUCGAACUCAUGUGUACAUAUGAUCCCGAGGAAAGACCAUCUGCAAAACAGAUACUGAGACAAAUCUAUUUCAAAAAUUUACGAGAUGCCGAUAAACGAGCAGCUGCUAUUGCACGUGCAUCACAGAAUACCGAAGAUACCUCACAGCCUACCGCGCCACCGGCAGUCAUGCCGACGAAACAUCGACGAAAAUUACGGCUAGAGAAAAAGACGGCUGAACACGAUAAAGAUAUAUACUUCCCAGAAACGUCGCAUCAUAAGGAGAUGAACGCAUCCAGUUUGGGCAUGCCUAAAAAGAGCAUCGCAAAAACUCUACCAUCAGUCAAGCAUUACACAUUACCAAAAAUCCCAAUAGCAACUUCAAAAUCCACGUACAACCCAAAGUUCCCAUCACUCUUGCACAAAGAUAAGAGCAAUAAAAAUCUGGACGAAGCAUCGAAAGAUAGAAUGGACUACGAAUCUUAUACACUUCCUCCAAUUGACAAGAUAUGAUAGCCAGUAUUCUUAUACAUCAUUUCGUUAGCACGCGUGAAAGCAGGGCUUUCAAUUUAUUGUCAUGCAGGAUUUUCAAUCUGGUGAUGACAAUACGAAAAAAACGAGAAUAACGUAUUAAUGUGAUAUUUUAUAUCAAAAGUACCAUCUGCAAGAGUCAAGAAAAAUGGAUACUUUGAACUGAUUUUUUGCUGGUGCAAAAUCACUAUGUUCGUUUAGACGAUGUAAUUGCUGUUGACGAAUAUACAUACGUAUUUUUUCUCUCUGUAUCAUAUGUCGGUAAUGUCACAUUUUUAGAGGAUUGUAAAGGACCAAAAAUAUAGUGAAUAAUGCAAAUUUGUUUUGCAGAAAAAUCCGUUUUUUAGAAUGUAUGAUAACCCAAGUACCUUAGAAAUUUGGUAAAAACUUUUUAAAUACUUUGGAAAAGUUAAUCGUGCCAACUAUUAAUGGAGAACUAGUUUUGUAAUUCAUUCACCGUUCGUUACGUAACCUGAUGCCCUGGUCAAUUCACCUGCCAAAAUGACACGGUAAUUUCACGACCGUUUUAGGAGAUCUUUGAGAGAAGUGGCAAUAGGGCUUAGUGUUUUGAUUGGUUAAGGACAGGUAUGACAAAGCUUAGAAUAUCUUGUAAAAGGACAGGCUCCGGUUUUGUAUAAUUGACAUAGCACCUACAACAUUUCUUUCUUCAAUUCAGAAUUUUAACGAUGUGCAAGUAAAUCAUUUCAAAUUUGGAUUUUUUCUGCAGAAGUUUCUUAACUAGACACAUUCAAUCAGCUGGCGUAUUCAGUUUUAUUAGGGUAAAACUGAAUUCAGUUGGUGAAAUUGUAAGACUAACACCGUGAAGCUAAACUCACGGCAGCCAAGUUGCAAAUCCCUCCUGACAGAUCGAAGUCUGGCAGACAUUUUAAUAAGAUAAGUGUGACUGCGCGACAAGCCCAGCCUAAACUUGUCAAAAAACACAAAGGAACCUGAUCAAAGGAGUUCUCGAAAAAGACUAAAAAAUUCUUAGAAAAUUUUAGCAAAUUUGAAUUUUCUCGUUUCUUAGAGACAUCAAACAGUUAAAAACUCGCGGUUAUCUGCUUCUAGUAUCGCUAAAUAAAGUUCGUAAUUAUAGAUAGUAGUUCUAUCUUAAUUCAGUUUUUGUCGUUUUAGUUCAGUUUUUAUUAGUUGCCAAAAAUAAAGCUCUUGAUUGAUGCAUAAAGUUAUACUAUUUUGAUUCAAAUGUAUUUUUGUAUCUUGUAGAUAUAAAUUGUAAUUAGCGAGUCCAAUGUAAAUAUGGACAUAAACCGAAGCGGGUUUUUCCAAA